CGGCAGGCGCCGGGGUGGGGCGGGGCCGGUGGCGGGAUGGCGGCGGCGAUGACGAGCGCGGCGGAGCGGGCGGUGCUGGAAGAAGAAUUUAAAUGGCUUUUACAAGAAGAGGUCCAUGCUGUUUUGAAACAGCUGCAAGACAUCUUGAAGGAGGCCUCUCACCGGUUUGCCCUGCCUGCCAGUGGCUCAGGAGGAGCUGUCAAGCAGGAGAACUUUGUGCUGAGCACCUUGGGCACAGACCAGGUGAAAGGUGUGUUGACGCUGCAGGGAGAUGCCCUGUGUCAAGCUGAUGUUAAUCUGAAAAUGCCCAGAAAUAAUCAGCUGCUACACUUUGCAUUUCGGGAAGACAAGCAGUGGAAGUUGCAGCAGAUCCAGGAUGCUAGAAACCAUGUUAACCAAGCCAUUUAUCUGCUUAUGAACAGAGAUGUAAACUACCAGUUCAAAACAGGCUCAGAGGUUCUCAAGCUUAUGGAUGCCGUGAUGUUACAGCUAUCAAGAGCCCGAAAUCGGCUCACCACUCCAGCCACUCUGACUCUACCAGAGAUUGCCUCCAGUGGUCUCACGAAAAUGUUCACCCCUGCUCUGCCUCCAGACAUCCUUGUGAAUUUCUAUAUUAACCUGAACAAGCUGUGCCUGACUGUCUACCAACUCCAUGUGCUGCAGCCCAGCACAACCAAGAACUUCAAGCCAUCUGGAGGGUCCAUUUUACACAACCCUGGGGCUAUGUUUGAGUUUGGCAACCAGCGGUAUGAAGUCAGCCAUGUCCAUAAAGUUGAAUGUGUUGUCCCAUGGUUAAAUGAUGCCCUUGUCUUCUUCACAGUUUCACUGCAGCUUUGCCAGCAACUGAAGGAUAAGAUAUCUGUUUUCUCCAGUUACUGGAACUACAGGCCAUAUUAAUUCUCUGUGGAUUGUCCAAGCCUUUCCAGCUUCUCCCUGUUUGUUUUCAACAUGCCAGCAGAGUCCAGGUCAGCCUGAGGAGUGCUGUGGUUCACUACCAUGUGGCCCUCCAUAGGGUAGGGUCAGUGUAUCCAGAGACACAACUUUAUUAGCCUUGUCUGGGACUGCUGCGUAAGCAGGGCAUCAAGCAAUGCCGUGUGGUUGGCGAGAGCUUCCACCUGUCCUUGUUUGCAUGUGCAUUCUGUGGGUUACACUUUCCAAGCCUCUGGUGAAUUACACUAGUCCAUUACAGGGGAUGGGGAGCUGUGGACCGCUCUCACUAACCGUAUUUGCACACAGUGUUGUAACUGACUGCUGGACUGUGAGCUGGCUUGGAAGGGAUGAAGACAGACUAAUAUAAUACACCACAAAAACUGUAGGGCAUGUUGCUCCAUGUAGUGAAAUAUGUUGUUGUGAUCUGGUCCAGCUGUGGUUAUGACUAACCCUGAACUUCUCCCUCUCCUAUCUGUUCUGUCCAUGCUCAUGUCACUGAUUCCCCUUUGGAGAUAUUCUCACUUCCUGCUGUUUGAACUCCUUUUUUUUUUUUUUUUUUUU